CCCUCUUAACUCCCCGUUCGUUCCCAUUCCACUGCACUUCCUCCAUUAAUACACUUUUCUAUCUUUGUCUCGCUCUCUCUGUUACAAUCUAUUAACACCCAUUUGUAAAAAUUCUCUAUUAGAGCUCCCUAGCAAUGGCUCCAAAGUUUCCGAUCAUUUACCGGUUCUUCCUCUUUCUCGUGAUGAUUCAGUCAUUUCUUCUCAUUUCGCAGGGGCAACCGGUUCUAAACUCCGCCGAGCAAGAAUCGGUCUACCAGGUCCUCGAGUCCAUCAACCCAACAAUACCCUGGCGUUCACUCUUCCCCGACGACCUCUGCUACUCCCCUCCGCACGGCGUCGUUUGCGACUUCUUUUCCGAGCCCAACGGAUCUAUUUCUGUGGUCCACAUCACGGAGCUCAGUUUGGGGUAUGUCUCGGACUUUAACCCGAAUCCCCCUUGUUACGCGAACUCUACCUUUGACCCUAUCCUCUUCACCUCCUUCAACUACCUUCGGAAGCUUUUCUUCUACAAAUGCUUCACCGACUCGCCCGUUUCUGUUCCCACUGUUUCGCCGAGUUUUGCUUCGAGGCUCGAGCAGUUGGUGUUCAUCGACAACCCGGCUCUCGUCGGAUCUCUCAGUGGCUUUAAUGGUAACUUCACGAACUUGAAGAGGAUAGUCAUCACCGGGAAUGGGUUAUCGGGCAACAUUCCGGGUUGGGUCGGGGAUUCGGCUAAUCUCGUGGAGCUCACACUUUCUAGAAACCAGUUAACCAGUGCCGUAUUGAUGAGUUUUUCAAAACUGAAGAAGGUACGGAUUCUUGAUUUGAGUCAAAACCAGUUCAAUGGAAAUGUCCCUGAUUCAAUAGGCAAUCUAACACAACUGUUGAAGCUGGAUUUGAAUUCAAAUGCAUUUUCUGGUGAAAUCCCAAAUGGAUUGGUAAAUCUGCAGAACAUGGAGUUUCUAGACUUAAGUUACAACCAUUUUGGUAAUUCUGGAGUUCCUCUGUUCUUAUCCCAGAUGCCCAGAUUGAGAGAGCUGCAUCUAAGUGGAAACUCACUAGGAGGGAAAAUCCCAGAAAUAUGGAAGAAUCUUGGGGGAAUAAAGGGAAUAGGGUUUUCAAACAUGGGACUAGUUGGGACUAUUCCUGCUUCAAUGGGGUUAUAUUUGAGAAAUCUGAGUUAUCUGGGUCUUGACAAUAACCAGCUUGAAGGGACAGUACCAAUGGAGUUAGGGUUCUUGGAAUUUUCCAGUGAAAUCAAUUUGGAGAACAACAAUCUGAGUGGAAGGGUCCCAUUCACUGCCAGAGUUGGUGAGAAGUUGAAGUUGCAGGGAAACCCAGGACUGUGUGUUGAUGGUGAGGAUUUGGGGAAAGUUAAAAAUGGCAGCUUGAAACUCUGUAACAAUGCAAAACUUGCCAAUCUUGUCAAUCCUGUCCUAAUCAGUGAGUCCUCAUGUUCCUCAUUAGGGUUCUUAUUACCAUCUGUGGUCCUGAAGUUUAUUGGGUUUUUGGUUGUCUUUGUCUGAACAGAAGACAUGGAUCAUGAACCAGGUAUUGGAAAUUAAGAGGAAUAUGUCUGACAGAUAGAACAGUAUAAUAGGAUUUACUUUUGAUAGGAAUUUUUGUUGUUUGUCUUUGUUUCUGGUGUGGUGGGGGCAGAUCUGUAAUUAUGUUAUUUGUCAAAGAGAUUUGCACAUAAAGUUGUUUCUUUUCUUCUUGUUGUCAUGAUAA